UGAGCAGUAACGGUUCCAGUGCUGAUACGAGGUGAGUUUCGAGUGAAACGUUCACAGCAUGCUCGGAUGACGUCUUUCGUUAAUCCCGCGUUACUUACCAUAUGCCUGUCACUGCCUUUCGUUUCUAACUACAUCCUUCCAACCAUCGGAUUCCUUACUUUUCGAUGUCUGGCGACGUUAUGCAACUUGUCACCCAGUUCAAAACAGCUUGCGCAAACUACGAUAUCAACGCGAUAGAUAGUCAUACGGCCCUCUGUGAAACUCUUGACGCGCUUGCCGGAGAUCUGGGCAAAGAUGGAGAAACUAGAAUACAGUUUGGUGUAGGCGAGGUGUGGACGGAGAUACACAAGCUGUGGCGAGAUCUCGUGCAUGCACAGUUAACUUUUUGGGAUGGCGAUGACUCGGACGACGGAGACGAUGCGGGUAGUAUCAAAGAAAGGAAGAAACAGCAUUCUCUGAGCUCGUUAUGCGUCAGUCUAGCUAGGUUCAUGAGAAAUCUAGUGGCAGGCGUUUCAGGCAACCAAAUCAAGGCAUUCGAGGAUGAACCAAUUAUUCGACGGUUGCUGCAUUACUACACUUCCUGGUCAUCCAUAGAGAACGAAGAAGCAAGCUUUACUGCCAGGAUAUUGACACAAAUGCUCUCAAAUAUUAUCACCGGCAAUGAAGCUUUGAUUUCAAAUCUUUGGGAGACAUAUCUAAAUCUGCAGGAAGACCAGGUUAUCUUGAUACGGCUCCUCGCGUCGCCAGACAAUCGGAUACUUCUCGCAGUGCUGACAAUGAUAAUCAAUUGUGUGCGCGAAAGCAGAUCACGGACAAAAAUGCUGACGCGGACGCCCAUUGGAGCAAGGAUCUGUAUCAUUUUACUGGAUGAUAUGGUAAAACUCUAUGACGCCGAUGAGGGCAGUGAAGGAGCCCGGGCGUUCGACGUAGGUUAUUCCAUCUUCACUCGAAUUAUCGAAACCGGUUUGAUGCCUGAUCUUUACACCGAACUGGCAAUAAUGGACGAAAUUGUCACCCCGCAUCAAACGACUCUCCUGAAACUAUUGGAUUCGUAUCUUCAAUCUACGCCAGUUUCCUCUCCUGGCACACAGUCGCGAAUUACGAAAACGCAUGUCAAACUAUGUCCCAUGCUGUCCAAUCUAUUCUUUUCGCUGUCAACUUACGCUCAAACAGCGAUGCGAAGAUCGCUUCUUCCCUCUGUUCCCAACGCAGUACAAGACCAUAGCAUAGUUGUAGAUGUACAAGGUCCCCCCGCGCAGUUGGACGUCCUCCUUCCCAAAGUCUGCGAAGCGCUAGUGCUUACCGCUCAAUGUAUCAUAACAAUCACUUUGGCUGCCCACAGUCAUCACCAUAGCUCUCCGACUUCUUCUAACUCUACAGCUUCCACGCACGAGAGUAUCCAUGCGUUCUUCAAUCAAAUACACCUUGAAGGCGUUGGCCUCGUGGAGAAUCUUGUAGAACUUCUUCGUCUUCUGGACAGAUUUCUUCCGCGCAUCAAUUUUGGAAAACCGGUAGCGACCUCUGCGGGGCCCACUGUGGAACAAACAAAACAAAAGGAGACGCCCGCGCCAUCAGUGCAAGCACCAACACCGGCACCAGGUAACCCGGGAUUCAAUUUUCUGAAACGAGAUUUGGUACGUCUUUUGGGAAUUCUCUGCAAUGAAGACAGAGCGGUACAAGAUCGUCUCCGGAAAUGUGGGGGAAUUGAACUCGUGUUGAAUCUAUGUGUCAUUGAUGAAAGAAAUCCCUAUCUUCGAGAGCAUGCGAUAUUUGCUCUACAUAAUUUAUUGAAGGAUAAUCCUGCCAACCAAGCAGUAGUAGAGGAAAUAAAGCCGACGGGGCAAUGGGACGAGAAUGGUGUACUGAAAGAUACACCUAGGGCAGUUAGAAAGUGAUUUUUACUGAACUAGUAAUUCGAGACUCGCAG